GUGCUGUGUAUCUGUUAUUCUGUUGCAGUAGGCUUUGCAAGCUUAAUUUCGUAGCACUCAAGUUUCUUUACAUUGCUUAAGCUCGCUUCGUAUGAUCGCGAAUUUUUACGCUAUUAUUAAAAUCGCGUAAAAAAUGGAAAAACAACGGUAACAUAUAAGGAAGUGGCGAGUGAAAGACAACGAUGGACAAUUAUUAUAAAAGGGACUUUCAGCGAGGUUAGGUCGCCUUCGCUAAAACAAAAGUGUAAAUAAUGAGAUUUUUGAAUGUGCUUUUUUAAUAAAUACAAUAUUAGGUAAUUCAAUUAAUAAAAAUGGAAGUAGUAACAAGUAGUAAGCUGUUGAAAAAUAGGAAAAUUCAUUUUACCAGAAGCGCGAAAACGAAAAGUUUAAAUAGAAACCAUAACAUUCAAAAUAAAAAUAACAAAAUUUCGAGAUCUAAUUCUUUAAGAAGCUCCUUCAAACAUAAUAACAAAAAUAAUAAUAAGAAUAUAAACGAUAUUAAUAAUUUUAUCACCAAUAACAAGAACCGUGGACAGCGCAAGGAAGAUGUCUGUUUUGGCGAGUUUACCAGAGAGGUGUACAAUGCCAUCUGCGUUCGAUUAGGCGAUACUCUACACAUUCCGGAAGAAUCUGUACAGGCCUUAUUUAAUGAUAUGAAACUGUUUCCGUCCAAAUCACAAGUGUCAAAAAUGCUCCAGUGUGCAAGACAGUGCAGUAGGAGAAAUGGUGCUACAGACUACAUCACCUUUGGGGAAUUUUGCGUUUUCGUUAAGGAAAUGCAAAAUCAACAUCCCAAACAACAGAGAAGACCUACACCUCCUAAAAUUAAUAAUACAAUAAAAUGUCAGAAUAGUAAAUGUGAUGUCUUUUUGGGAGGUUCCUGUAAUCCAACUACAUGGAGGGUUGAUACAGCUAUACCAGAACUUGAAAAACAGGGUAUUACUUUUUACAAUCCACAAGUAUCAAUGUGGGCUCCAGAGUUAGUAGCACAAGAAUAUGAUGCAAAACAGGCAGCUUCAGUGUUACUUUUUGUGAUAGACAGUCAAACUAGGAGUACAGUUGGUAUGAUAGAAGUUGCUUAUCUCGUAGCAUCUGGCAGAUGUGUUGUAGUGGUUGCACAACCUUAUGAAAGGGCCCAAACAAUUAUGGGGGAAGUCAUUACUGAUAGGGAAUUUAGGGAUUUAGUGAAUGCCCAAAAAAUUUUAUUAGAUUUAGUAAAAAGUAAAGGUGUUAAAGUUCAUUCAAAUCUUUCUACUGCUCUGCAAUGUACUGCAAAUAUUUUAAGAAACUCCUCUACGAAUGGAACUAGUGCAGAGGAACAAAUAACAUGCAAACUUAGGAAACUGAGGGAAGUAUAUGACUCCUAUGGAGGUGAGAUGAAGCUUGUUAAUGUACUGGAAGCUUUUGAAAAACUGACUAAACGUUCUUUGGAAAUCACACAACUUUGCAACUAUUUCAAUACGCAAAACGGUUGCCGAACCAAUUCGACCAUUAGCUUUGAGAAGUUCUGUGCUUUGAUGGCGGAAUUUUCGACUCCCGACAACUGCGAAAUGUGCACUGCAGAUGGUAGAGUCUAUUAUACAACGAUCUUUUGGAAGUGCGCACUUUUGAAGACUAGGGUUUUUAUUAAAUCUGUUUUUAAUAACACCUUAGUAUGGGCAGCCCAACCGUUUCAACGGCAAUGUACAACAAACAACAACACCUGUAGUCUAAACAACACAUAUGUCAAUUGUCUAAUAGAAACUCCACUACCUGAAGUAGACGUUGACUCAAUACCAAACAGCGACAUUUUUCUAGGAGGAUCUAUGUCGUCCAAUUACAAAUGGAGGAGUGAGAUAGCUAUACCUUUAAUUAAAAAGCAUGGGCUGAUAUAUUACAAUCCUGUAUUGAGGGAGAGUGAUGAAUGUCGAUUGGAAAAAGGCUGUGAUGAUGACAAAUUUGUCCGAAGCAAUUCUUCAGACGUACUGGAGUGGAAAGGAGCUUUGGACAAAAGUAAAGUGUUAUUACUUGUAAUCACAAAUGACACGCGAUCAAUGACCAGUAUAAUUUUGGCAGCUUUCUAUAUGGGCCUUAAUAAAGAUAUGGUCCUAUGCGUACAAAAUCUUCCUGAUGAGUGCAUGAUAGGCAAUGAAAAGCUAACGAAAAAUGCCAUCAAGGAUUACAACAGAGCCAGAGUGUAUAUCACAGAUUUAGCAAAUAGAAAGCAAGUACCCGUAUUUGAAAACAUCACUAGAGCGGUAGAGUGUGCUAUAGAGAGAUGUAAAAGUAGGUAGAAUAACUUCACCAAUUUUUAAAUUUUAACAGGACCCGAAUCGAAAAAUUGGUGACCCAGGGUCAUUAGGAAAUCGAAAGUUUUCAUUCAUCGGCCCGCUGUUAUCUCUCUAUUAAAACCAUCCAUAAAAGGCUGCUCUCUUUUUAGGAUAUAUGUACCCAUUGAAAAUACGCUUCAUCACAUAACUAGGUCAUUUUUAAGAUUAUUUCUAUAUAAAUAAUAUACCGUUGUUCCAAUAUGUAAAUAUGAAUAUAUUUAAGGAUCACGAUUUUACUAUAGAAAAAGUAGACAAUCUUUUAAAACUUACGAGAUAAGUUUAUUCAAACUACAAAAUUUCCGUUGGCAUAUAUUGUAAAAUCUAAAACUGACCUAGUAUGAGUUUUAUUUAUUUAUUCCGAAUGUUUUAAUCGCAACAAAUAUCGUUUUGUCGCAAAAAUGGACUUAUAUGUUAUUGGGUAAUAUAUUUGUUAACUACUAAUUAUGGAAAUGUAAAAAAAUGGAGCUGAAAAUAUGAAAAAACUUUUUAUUAUUUGAAUUACCUAAUUUAAUUGUUAAAUCUAGUUAUCGUUAAUAUACAAAUUGUUGUGUGAUUUUUAUCCGCACUGUAUGUAAACAGCUAUACUUUUGUUUUUUUCAUUAAAGUAGCUCGAAAGGAGGGUCGCAAAAAUUUGAAUUUACUCUGAAACGAAAAUACCGGGAGUGUUCACGAAUUUUCUUAUAUAUUACUUUGAUGAAAUUCAUGAUUAUUUCAGAUAUUUCAUUCUGAGACAGUCAAUUACAGAUUUAUGAGACACACUCUGAUUAGCAAACAUAAAUGAAAGCUCAGACAAACACUUAAAAUAUGCUAGAUUGUUUCAAUUAUCAGAUUACAAACCAUAGAUAUUUAAUUACUUUGUAUACUUGUGAUUUAAUGUAGUAUCACUUUUCCAACCUAUCCUUCAUUCUUUUCUAUCCAUUACUUUCUGUCUUUACCUCUUCCAUUCAACUGCCACUAUCCUAAAACUUCCUCAUUCCGUGUUUUUCUUGGUCUUCCAUUUUUCUUACUUUUUGCUGUUAUUGUUUCUUAUACAGUUUUAACCAUUUUGUCUUCACCCUUUCUUGUAACAAGCCAAAACUGCUGCGCUUCUACUCUAAUAUUUAUAGGUUUUUUCCAUAGAUUUUUUCCUGUAUAUAUUAUUUCUAAUCAAGUCUUACCUUGUAUCUUCCUUAGAUUUCUAAUCUCCAUGCUCGUUCGCUUUAUAUUGUGGUCCAUGUUUGUGCUUUGAAAGUCACUAUUCUUUCAAAAGUUUGUGUUUUUAUUUCUUUCGGUAUCUCUUUCUUUGUCAAAAAGGUUUUUAUUUAUAUUUUUGCCCUUGUUUUCUCCCUCAUUUUAUUCACGAUCCUUCCGUUAUUUUUCAUCCUAAAUAUUUAAACCUAUCUACCUGUCUUCCAGUGGGUUUAGUAUACGAGUAUAUCCCUAUCACACCUCGCGUUGUACUAUGUAUUUGGCAUUUCGUACCUUGUUCUUAUAGCAUUUAUUGUAUUAUUAUACAGUAUUUUAAAUCUAAUUAGUUGUUUCAUCCAUUCCUCUGUUUUCUAGAAUCCUCCAUAUUAUGUCAUUCUUUCCUAUGUUAUUGAAAGUUUUCUAUGAACCAAAGGUGCGUCACUCUUAAUUCUCUUCUAGUUUUUUUCAAUAUUUGUCUUUUGUUCUAAUCUUCUCAGCCUAUUACUAACUGUGCUUAGUAAUGGAAGAUGCCUGUAUCAUUUUUGCUGUAUCUUGCGUCUCCGUUCUUGUAUAUCGGCAUAAACCAUACAUAUGGACCCAUUAUUUUCAUUCUAUAGGGUCGUUACCUUAGUUAACAGCAGCAUUCAUCUAUUGAUUGUCUUUAUAGCUAGUGCUGCCUCUUAUAUUUUGACUACAAGUAACUUAAGUGUUGUCGAUCAUAUUAACCCUUACUUGACACACUUAAAAAAAAUCACGAUGGCCACAUGUCUGUUGGACUCCACGCCGAAGAACGUUUAUUAUUCCUCAAGUUCUUAAUAUUUUUAUUUGAGAAUUUUUUUAACAUAUUACAAUGUGUUAUUUAGAGAUCGAAUGCAUAAUAAUGUUUACAUGCUGAAAAAAACAAACUAUUUAAAAAAGUGAAAAAAUGUAUUUUUCAUCUUCAUCUUCCUCCGCUUCCAAAGAAGAAUAGUCAUCUUCGGAGACAUGGUCUUCCUCGUCGAAAGACGCUUGGCCGAUUGGCUCCACAUUAUCCUCCUCAGUAAAGAGUAUCUCUCGAAGAGCUCGUGAUCGCAAUUUAUACGCCAUCUAUAAAUCAUUCAAAUUAACUUGAUACAUAAAAAUUAAAAAAAUCUAACAUAGUAUAAACAUCUACUUAAGUUAAAACAAAAAAUGCAAUUUUCUUUUUUAAUUUUCAACUCAAAAAUAACGUUGUUGAUACACUGGGGUCCAAUGGGCCUCACCUCAAAUUUGACACUGCUUUGAGCUAAGGCUGCGAAGGACUGACGCCUCACAAGUAACGUAACAGGUAGUCUAACAUCUGAACUACAGGUAGAGGGCGUAGCAAGUCCCAUUUUUAGCGGGAUCAUUUAAAUACAUAAGAGUAAAAUGGUGUGGGGACCCCACGUGUCAAUUGAGAACAUUACUUAGUAGGUUAGUAGAUAUUUGUUCAUAAAUCCGAUCUUCAAUUUUGUUCCUAAAUUCAGUGAACACUCCUAGUGUUAACUAACAGCAUUUUAUGAAAUUAGACAGUUGCGUUUUAAGAAAUAAUUAAAAUUUCAAUUUGAAUAUUUUGAAACCAAUUAUAAGGUUGGUUCCAACCCAUCAAAUAACCGUCCUCUGUAUGGUGACGAUUCUGCACAAUAGAUAUUACGUGUUCCAACCGGGCGGUUACCGUUAUACAAACGAUUCUUAUUUGUGUUCCAACCGACUUAGAUAUCGUUAGUGAACUGUUUCCGGGACGGUCUUUUCGAUACUUGGUUAAUAGCAAGUACUGUUACAAGAACGGUACAUAGUCGGAGAUUGCGCAGAAAAUCUCUAUAAACGGUUCCGAAAACCGUUCCAAGUACGGUCCCGACUAGAUGGUUGGAACAAACUUAUAAUUUUGGCAGGCAUCAAAACAUGCUUUUAUGGUUUCAAAAGAAUAAAUUAAUUUGAGAAAAUUGAUUGAUGAAAUUUUCAGUGAAGUAUUUAAACUAUUUAAAAUUAGUUUAUGGCAGUAACAAGCACAUAUUUGAUAUUGGGAUUUUUCUCAAUAACUAAUUUUUAUUUAUAUUAAAGCUGCAAACUAAUUUAAUUUGUAUUCCAUAUUUAUAUUAAUCUUAAUUUUAUUAUGUAUAUAAAUGCGCCCCUUCCGUAUUUUGGUAUUGGUGAUUUUUCAAGUUUCAGGUUAUUUAAAGUUCCUCAUAUAUCUGUAAAUAAUGGCUGCUACUUACCUCAAUUUAAUAAAUUUUUUUAUAAGUAUAGUUGUAACAUUUCGUGUUAUUGCUGAUAUUAUAUGUAUACAAGAGCAUCACUAAAUUUUAUCACUAUUUUUUUUGUUCUCGUUGUUUUCACACUGUUUAUAUUUACAUAUUAGAGUAUCGUGUAAAAGAGUAAUUUAUUUCAAUGAUUUUUUUGUGAGGAAAAUAUGGAAAUGUAUAUAAUAUAUUCAAUCAGUUCUGCUGGUAUUUCUCUAUUCAUUGAAAAUGUGUACUUAAUGUGUUUUUUGUUGAGUAGAAUUAUAGAAAAUGUGCAUUUAUUAAAGGUUUGUAUGGUUAACCUCAGUUUUUGUCUAUAGAUUUAUAAAAAUCGCUCUUAUAACUGAAGUAUAAGUUUAAAAGAUAUAUUUCAAUGCUUUGUAGAAAACAAACCACAUUUCCUUUAACAAGCAUCUUCUUUAGUACUAGUAAUCAGGGAAGAAAAAAUGAUGAAAAAUAGAAAUGCCUCAAUAUUAAUUGUUUGUCACCAUUUUUUUAUUUCUCUGUUAUCAGACAGUGGUUUUGCUAUGAAAUACACAAAUAAUCUUGUUAAUAGAUUAGAUUUCAUUCAAUUUAAUCAAGUGCCUUUGAUAAUAGAAAUUACGUGUCUACAAACUAUUUGAAAGUUCGUCGAAAGCAGAUUUUUCUUGUUACAGAUAUUAGUUCUUAUCUUUUUUAAUAAUAAAGAUGAAUAGAAAUGAUAUGUUCAAUUUCAUUUAACAUAUUGAUGACGUAUUAUCAGCUAUAAAAUAAACUACAUCAAAAUGAAGUUUCUACUAACCAUUUUUCUCUAAAAGAUUCAUUUCCCUAUAUUUUCAACUUCAAACCGUUUUAAGUGAAUAUUCAGACAAAUCUUUUCAAAUUUAUGUGAGUUGUGCAUUUGGUACUCAACUUUUAUUAAAUUGUGUUAUCUCAAAGCAAUUCUUACACUCCAUAGGACUAUCUGCCACGUAUUGCACCGAAUUAUUUUUUCAAUAGCUUCAAAUUAACUGGUGAAAACUGAGGUUAAAUUUAUGGUUUAAACACGUAAGUGCCUUUGUAAGUAUCCAUAUAUUGUAUCAACCAGCCAAAAUGAUGAGGCGUACAGUAAAACUAAGUAUUUUUUUUAUUCAAUGACUAUUGAGCGUUUUAUUGACAAGUUGUGUGUGGGAAUAGUGUAGAUCCAGUAUUUUUGUUUGUUUUUUACCUUUAUGUAGUUAUGUAAAGUGAUCAUUUGUAAUAGUUGAAUCUUAUUAAUAUUGUCAAAUAUUGCAAUUGUUGAGUAAUAUUCAAUUCAAGAUUAUACUAAAAAAAAUCAACUAAUAUGAAAUGGUCAUUGCAAAUAAUGAGAAAUUGCAUGUUGAUAAAUACGUUACUGCCCAUUUGGAACGAUGUUUUCGAGACGGGUGCGUCUCUUUUGGAUUGUAUUGUACCUGAAAAUAAUGUUUGAAGUUGGAUUCUAUUUAUUUUCUAUGCAGGGUUUUCGUGAAAAUUUUUGGAGCUUGUUAGGACCAAACAAUAUAUGAUAAAACAUUAAAUUCAUAACAUUGUUGUAAUCUUAUAUGAUAAUUUGAUGUGUAAUUAAUUUAUUAUAGCUACAAAUUUCAUACCAUGUGGUUUAUCUCGUAUAUUUCUAAUCUAUACUAGUUAUCCAUCACUCUUAUCUAAUUAGAAAAAUAUGAGUUGACCGUCAGCAUUGAACAGUCUUGAACACCUUCCAAAUAAAUUUUUCCCAAUUCAUUCCAGUGAAUUUUUAAAACUAUAUGAAUUGAUUACUAUGUAAAUAUUGCUAUUAUUUAGUUUAAACCGGCUUUGAAGUGUGUGAAAUUAUCGCCAAUCGCUGGAACCUAUCGGCUCGCCGACUAAGAAUAUCAAGUAGGUUACAUUCCAUCUGCCACUUUCCACACAUUAUUUUAGAAAAUUUCACACCUUAAAAUUAUCUUAUGAUUAUUAAUAUUCAUAUAUUCAUAGUCUUACACAUCAAAUUAUUUUGUAGUAAAAUAAAUGGUUCCAGUUUAGUUGUUUUCUAGUCAUCUUUUCUUAAAUACUGUCCUGAAUUAAUCAUAUUUCAAUGGAUUCAUAUUUUUGUUGAAAAUAUGAAUUGUGUGUCAUUGUUUUCCUAGUUUGUGAUAUUUUUAUGAACGCCCUGUGUAUUUAUUCUAUAACUAGUAUAAUAACAGAAUCUCACAGUUACUAAUGUUAAUACCGACUAAUUAAUAGUUAUUCUUAAUAUGUUCUUAUUUGAAAAGAAAUAAAAUAGUUGAAUACUAUCAGGUUUUGUAAUUUUUUGGCAGCCUAAACCCGAACUCAUUUAGUGAUUAACGUUUAGCUAACUUUUAGCACUUACUAUUAUUGUAUUUAUUUCUUUUUUUAAUGUCUAAUAAAGAAAAAUUGUUA